CUUUCCGGCUACGGGUCCCGGAGCGGAGUGGGAGGCCGGACCGGGGGAGCCGAGCGACGGCGGUGGCGGUGGGCUUGGCUAUGGCGGAGCUGGUGCAGGGGCAGAGCGCUCCGGUGGGCAUGAAGGCUGAGGGCUUUGUGGAUGCCCUGCACCGGGUCCGGCAGAUUGCUGCUAAAAUCGAUUCAAUUCCUCACUUGAAUAAUUCCACACCUCUGGUGGACCCCUCAGUGUACGGAUACGGAGUACAGAAGCGGGCCCUGGAUGAUGGAGUAGGUAACCAGUUAGGGGCCUUGGUACAUCAAAGGGCAGUAAUAACAGAAGAAUUCAAAGUGCCUGAUAAAAUGGUCGGAUUUAUUAUUGGCAGGGGAGGUGAGCAGAUUUCACGAAUUCAAGCAGAAUCUGGGUGCAAAAUUCAGAUUGCCUCAGAGAGUUCUGGGAUUCCAGAGAGGCCCUGUGUACUUACCGGAACCCCAGAAAGUAUUGAACAAGCCAAACGGCUCCUGGGGCAGAUCGUGGAUCGAUGUCGGAAUGGGCCUGGCUUUCACAAUGAUAUGGAUGGCAACAGCACAAUCCAGGAACUUCUUAUCCCCGCGUCUAAAGUGGGGCUGGUCAUCGGCAAAGGAGGGGAAACGAUCAAGCAGUUGCAGGAGCGGACAGGUGUGAAAAUGGUCAUGAUCCAGGAUGGCCCGCUGCCUACAGGAGCAGACAAGCCUCUCCGCAUCACUGGAGAUCCAUUUAAAGUACAGCAAGCAAGAGAAAUGGUUCUAGAGAUCAUCCGAGAGAAAGAUCAGGCUGACUUCCGGGGUGUGCGCAGCGAUUUCGCCUCCCGAGCAGGAGGAGGUAGUAUAGAGGUGUCUGUGCCUAGGUUUGUUGUUGGGAUUGUCAUAGGAAGGAACGGAGAAAUGAUUAAGAAGAUCCAGAACGACGCUGGUGUGAGGAUCCAAUUCAAACCAGACGACGGGAUUAGUCCAGAAAGAGCGGCGCAGGUCAUGGGCCCUCCAGAUCGGUGUCAGCAUGCAGCUCGCAUCAUCAAUGAGCUCAUUCUCACGGCACAGGAAAGAGAGAUCCUUGGUGGCCUCACAGUAGCAAGAGGAAGAGGCCGAGGCCGUAGUGACUGGAGUGUGGGCACUCCUGGGGGCGUCCAGGAAAUUACGUACACAGUGCCAGCUGAUAAGUGCGGCCUUGUGAUAGGCAAAGGGGGCGAGAACAUCAAAAGCAUCAACCAGCAAUCAGGUGCCCAUGUGGAGCUUCAGCGGAACCCCCCUCCUAACACCGACCCUAACCUGCGGAUAUUUACCAUCAGGGGUGCUCCUCAGCAGAUGGAGGUGGCCAGGCAUCUCAUAGAUGAGAAAGUUGGCGGUGCCAGCCUCGGAGCCCCUGCAGCCUUCGGACAGAGCCCCUUCAGCCAGCCACCAGCCGCACCACAUCAAAACACCUUUCCUCCCAGGGGCUUCCCCAACAUCGCUGCUAAAGUUAAUGGCAACCCCCACAGCACCCCUGUGAGUGGCCCUCCAGCUUUUCUGACCCAAGGCUGGGGCAGCACUUACCAGGCUUGGCAGCAGCCUACACAACAAGUCCCAAGUCAUCCCACCAGUGCUGCCCCGCAGGCCAGCUCCCCCCCAGACUACACGAUGGCCUGGGCUGAGUACUACAGGCAGCAGGCCGCCUUCUAUGGGCAGACUUUAGGGCAGGCUCAGGCCCACAGCCAGGUCUGUAGCCAGUCCCCAGCGCCAUGAUGCCACCCAGCCUUUGUGCUUGCCUAGCCCCAGGGUGAGCACAGUGGCCUGUGAGGGUCUCCUCUGUCCCUCCACUCCAAACCCUGAGCUUGAGCAGAGGCUGCUCCUCCUAGCUCUGGGCCUAGAAACCCUGACUAUACCUAAGUGCCCUGGGUCUGCAGUGAACCAGGACCACUCCAGUAGUAGUUCUUGCAGAGAGUGGCCAGGUUGGGCCUUUACCUGCACAGCACCUUUGGGGCCAAGCAAGUGGAGGGCCAGCUUGGCCUCUUUAUGUGUAGAAACGAGGAGGGCUCUCUCCGGUUCUCAGCCAAGAAGGAGUUCUCUCUCCUUGGACCUUGGGGGCAAGGCUCCCUCCCAGGGGGUACCUUUUGCCUUGUAGGAAGCUGGGGUUAGGCCUGGUGACCCAGGAGAAGCCUUCCCCUUUCAUCCCGUACCCCCACAUUCUGACCCUAGAACCUGAGGUGCUUAGCAUUCAGUACCUGGUGGUAUGAGGCGCUGGUCUUGGGCUGACCCUCUCCCUCCCCCCACAGGAGCAGUAGAUGGGCAUCUGCCGCGGCUCUUCCCCGAAAUCAGUGUGAGAGAAACCUGUUUGUUACAGAGAUUUUUAGAUUUGCAAACCUUUCGAUGAAGACCUUUGUUUUGUUCUGUGAAACACUAUAUUUAGAUUAACAGAAAUUUUCUAAAAAUUGGGAAAAUUAGUUACUAAACAUUGCUGGUAAUUUUUACGUCAUGAUUUCUUUGUAAAUGUGUGAGCUCCGGGGCUCUUGGAGCGAAACCUGCAAGCUCGGGUGCCCAAGCUCUCCUCGGAGCCUGGCAUUUCAUCACACGAUGGCUUUGUCUUGUGUCUUUUUAGUUACAGUUUUGGGUGGGUUUGUUGUUGUUGUUGUUGUUGUUGUUGGGUUUUUGUUCUUGUUUUGGGUUUUUGUUUUCCCUUUUUUUUUUUUUUUCUGUUACAACAGAAAAAAUGGCUUGGAAGUCUUAGGUGGUAAUGUAACAAACUCUUUAAAAUUUUUUGAAGCAGUAUUUAAAUAUUCGUAAAUGUAAAUUCAUUGUGUUUCACCUCUAAUUUCUUGUAUCUUGGCUGUCUGGUUUUAUUGCAUUUUUAAAAAAAAAACUGAACUAUUAUGUAUUGUAAUUAAUGAUGUGAAUUUUGAACUGAGACGGGUCCUUGUGUUGUGGGAGGGUCAUUUGUGGGUUGUGUCAUUUCUAGCAUUUUGAUGGUGAUGCAGAGACGCGGUCUGCCUUCUUGUAAGCUGCUCGUCUCCAUUANCCAGGGCAGUUGUGUGUCUAAGACCUCCAAGCUGGUUUUAAAAACAAANAGCCUUUCUCUAUUCUCAGAAAUAUAAAUACUGUUAUUUUUAAUAUUAAAAAGAAAUUCAAUAUAACUUUUAACAAACACUGUGGACAUUAAACCAUAUAAAAAAAUGUAGUAACUAUUUUUUAACUCCAGGGUGUUUUUGCUUUUUUUCCUUAAAUAUUUUCUUAAUAUUUGUCAAAUUAACUAGAUAAAUAAAUAAAUCUAGUAUUAACAACAGUAUGAGUUAAAUAAUUUUGAUUUAAUAAAAGGGAUACUAUGAUUUCCAGUGUUUACUGUAGUGUAUCUUGUACAGAUAACAUGUAUUUUUAAAGGAAACACGGGAUUGAAGCUAUUUUCUCCUGCAUUUUGAAUUGACCUGAGGAACAUUCCGUUUGAAACGCGCUCGUUACAGUUUGCGCUUCUUGUUUUCCUUANGAUGCUUGAAAUGUCUAACUAUUAAAAAGGCAUUGGAAAUGUUAUGCAUGUUGUUUUUUAAAGAUGUUCUUUUUAUUUGACUGACAAUUCAUUUUACACUCUAUAUAAUAAAAUUUCCACAAGAUGUCUUGUGGACAAAGUG